CACAGCCAGCUUCCCAACUUUGCUCUGUACCGGCGGCUGUGCAGGAGGACCUGGACGCUGGGGACGGCUCCUUCUGCCCAGAAAUUCAACCCACAAGCGUUUCUCUCCCCUCUAGAGCUCACAGGUUCAUCUCUGCUUGACUUUGAGGUGUGGAGAAGCCACAUCGGCCACAGGGGCUCCCAUGGCUCAACUGCUCAACAACUCCUGGCACAACAGCACAGUCCCCCUGUUCACCGGCCUGGACCUGCUCCUGGAGCUGAAGCCACUCUUCAUCCCACUCUACGCCACGCUGGUGGCCGUGGCCUGCACCGGGAACCUCUUCCUCAUCCUGCUCAUCGCUCUCACCAAGAAGCUGCACUGCACCACCAACUUCCUGAUCGGGAACCUGGCGGUGGCCGACUUCGUCAUGUGCCUGGCCUGCGUCCCCCUCACCGUGUCCUACGCCUUCGAGGCGCGGGGGUGGCUCUUCGGCGUGUUCAUGUGCCACUUUGUCACCCUGCUGCAGGCUGCCACCGUGUUCGUGUCCGUGCUGUCCCUCACGGCCAUCGCCAUCGACCGCUACGUGGUGGUGGCGUAUCCGAUCCGCAGGCGGAUCGGCCGCAGGGCCUGCGUGUGCCUCGUGGCCUGCAUUUGGCUGCUCUCCAUCGUGGCCUCCGUCCCCACCUCGCUGCACACCCACUACCUGGACCUCAACGCCGUCGGCCACGACAUGAUCAUCUGCGAGGAGUUCUGGAAGCACGAGGAGAGGGAGCGGCUGCUCUACUCGUGUCUGAUGCUCCUCCUGUCCUACAUGCUCCCGCUGCUGGCGGUGUCCGUCUCCUUCUGUGCCAUCACCUACCGCCUGCACAGGAGGAACGUGCCGGGCGCUGCCUAUCGCUGCCAGGACAAGUGGACCAGGACCAAGCAGAAGACCUUCCGGGUGCUCACCGUCUCCGUGGUCUGUUUUGCCAUCUGCUGGCUCCCUCUCCAGGUGGUCAACUUCAUCCGGGACAUCGACGAGGAGUUCACCAUCCUGGACAAGAGGUACGUCAACGUCAUCCAGGUCUCGUGCCACCUGAUUGCCAUGAGCUCCGCCUGCUACAACCCUUUCAUCUACGCCUCCCUCCACGACAAGUUCUGGUUCCACCUCAGCAGCUACUUCUACCGCAAGAAGAAGAGCUCUGGCACCGUGUCCUGCAAGGCUUCCCGGUUCAACACCUGCUCCACCCUGGCAGAUGCUCCCACCAGCGUCUUGGAUAAGAUGGCUUUGCAAACCAGGUUAUCUUAGCUGGAGGACCUCAAGGGAGAGGGUUUGCUUUCGGACCUGGAGGGCGCUUGGCUGUACACUGGGUGUGGGAGGCGGCUGCUGGUUGGGCUGGUUUGUUGCUGCUCCCAGAAAAGUCUCUCGUGCCUGGAAAGGCAACAAAACUGACAGGCUUUGUGUCCUAGAAUUAUGGAAUGGUUUGGGUCGGAAGGGACCUUAAAGCUCUUCUCAUUCCAACCCCCCCGCCACGGGCAGGGACACCUUCCUCUAGCCCAGGUU